CGACUUUUUACCCGCCUCUAGCGUGUGUGUAGUCAGAAGCAAAAAGAAGCCGCUUGGCGAAAAUUUCAACAGCAUAGCAGCAUCGAGCAUCAAAAACGCCAAGUAGGAAUCACGCCCGGCAUCACCGCAAAUUCUCUUUGGUUUCUGUGCACGGACUAACAAGCGAAAAAAAAACAACAUGUCUGACGAAAAGAAAGGAGGCGAGACUGAGCACAUCAAUCUGAAAGUUCUGGGACAGGACAAUGCUGUUGUCCAGUUUAAGAUCAAGAAGCACACACCCUUGCGAAAGCUUAUGAAUGCCUACUGCGACCGGGCCGGUCUCUCCAUGCAGGUGGUGCGCUUCCGCUUCGACGGCCAGCCCAUUAACGAGAACGAUACUCCGACCUCGCUGGAGAUGGAGGAGGGCGACACCAUUGAAGUAUACCAACAGCAGACCGGUGGAGCUGUCUAUUAAUAUACUUACUUAGUUAAGUUAGUUACUCCUUCUUUUAUAACAACAACAAAAAAAAAAAAACCCCCAAACUCAACAUAAGAAAAAGUAAGAAGAAUCCAACCAACCGGCGAACAGCAUCAUUGAAAGAAUUCAAUACGUUUAGUAAACAAGAGCUGAUUUUGUCUACACAAAAUCGCCAAAACAAAGAUAAAACUAUGGCAUACAAAAAAUGGGAAAUAAAGCAUUUUAUAAACUA